GCUUGACUGACAGGUAGUGACUAUUGCUCCGCCCAUUUCUGUCGCUAUUGAUUGCCAUUGGCCGGCGUUGCCCACGCCCUGCAUCCAAUGGCCUGGCGCAGCCCACGCGUGUGCCCUUCUCCCAUUGGCUGAAAGUUACUGUGGGAAAGAAAGUUUGGGAAGUUUCACACGAGCCGUUCGCGUGCAGUUAGCGCUAUAUAAAGCCGGAGCCAAGCAAAGGGCAGCUCACUAGCACUCAGGGCAUCCAGCCAGACAACCAGAGCAGGAUUGCUCACCCCUGGAAACUUUGCUUUUCUUUACCCUUGGAUAUUUGCUCUUUAUUUCAAUACAAAUACACAAUUUCUCUAAACCUGGACUCUUUUUUUUAUAUUUGGGAAUUUGACAUUUUUGGGGGUUAUCAAAAAAAAAAAAAAUCCUUUUGAUUUGGAGAAAAUGCCAGCUGAUAUGAUGGAGAAAAAUUCUUCUUCACCCGUGGCUGCUACCGCAGCCAGCAUGACCAGCACCCCGGAUAAACCCAAAACUGCAUCUGAACACAGAAAGGUAAAUGAAAGUUUGGGCUAGAAUUCAAAUAUAAUUUAUUUUAUUUUUGUUUUUUAAAUCUACACCUCAAGUGUUUCUUGUGCUGAUUUACACACUCACUGUGUGUCUUUUUCUUGUUUGCAGUCUUCCAAACCGAUAAUGGAGAAGAGAAGGAGGGCAAGGAUUAAUGAGAGUCUGAGCCAGCUCAAAACCCUCAUCUUGGAUGCCUUGAAAAAAGAUGUAAGUGUAUCUUCACACUGCUUGAACAUUGCAUUUAAAAAAAAAAAAAAAUCUUAUCCAGAGGGAGAAAUAUAUUCCCUAGGACACAUGGUUUCUAGGGACUGCAACUGUCAACAAACCAGCUCUAUAAUUGUACCCAGCGUGCUGGGAGUUGCUAUUCACAGAUACUAAUGUCCAAGAUAAUUCCUCUGUUUCCUAAAAUCCAUCCCCUAUAUUAUAAAUAAAGUUACACAUGUGUUUAGAAUGUAAUGAAAAUCAUGAUCUAUUUAUUGGAAGUGCUAACCCCCUCUCUUGCGUUUGCAGAGCUCCAGACACUCCAAACUGGAGAAGGCUGAUAUCUUGGAGAUGACAGUGAAGCAUCUUCGGAACCUGCAGAGAGUUCAGAUGACUGGUGAGUGCUGUGUGUGUACUUUUCCCCCCCAUCUCCCUGGUUGAUCUUUUCCAGACUUCCGCCUGCGGUUUUGAAUGGCAUUCAGAUACAUUCUACUGGGCUGGCUCUCUGUGCCUUUCCCACGGUCUGGGAUUAUUUAUAGCUGCAGCAUGAAGCUCAUGUUACUGCUCAGGGAAGGGAGGGGUGGGUACUGCGGGGAGGUAAUCGGAUUUAUCUCAGUAUAUCAGGCUGUAUGGGGAACACUUACUGCACAAAUAUUAAACCAGUUUAGCAAAGUUUCCAGGUUCGGGGUGUAAUAGACUUGCUAUUAGUGGCUGAUCAGAAAAUCAUAUGAGUUCUAUCACUGUUUAAUAUGAUAGAUAUUAAUACACAUUGCCUCAGAGAUACAUAUAAUGCAAUGUUCUAAACAUGUGAUUUAUAUUGUGGUUCUUGAUACAAUGUACUAAUCGAACGUCGCUUUGUUUCUUCUAGCUGCUCUAAGUACAGACCCAUCAGUACUUGGGAAAUACAGAGCUGGAUUCAGCGAGUGCAUGAAUGAAGUUACAAGGUUCCUGUCUACUUGUGAAGGAGUCAACACCGACGUGAGAACCAGACUCUUGGGACAUCUGGCUAACUGCAUGAACCAGAUCAACGCCAUGAACUACCCCACACAGCCCCAGAUCCCAACCACAGCUGGAGCACACUCCACUUUUGGACAGCCCUUGGUCCAGCUCCCAGGAGGUGCUCCUCAAGUCAGCCCUGCUCCUUUGGGUGGGGUUCCAUGCAAGAUGGGUGGUCCUCCUGUAGAAGCUGGCAAAGUCUAUGGUGGCUUCCAGCUGGUGCCAGCCUCAGAUGGACAGUUUGCCUUUUUGAUCGCAAACUCAGCCUUUCCACACAACGGAUCUGUAAUCCCAGUGUACACCAACUCCAGUGUGGGCAAUGGACUACCACCAAGCGCAGUGUCGCCCUCUGUAAUGCCCUCAGUCAAUGCAGACUCAGUGUGGAGACCUUGGUGAGGAAGAAUGAACUUUGAAGGACUUUCUUAUAGGAAGCCAUACUAGUUUUAUAGAGUAAGCCAUCAUUUUGUAUAAUGAGGACUGGUCUGUAAAUGGGAGAUGUUCAUAUUGAAUGCACAUAUUGAAUGUAUUAUACGAUUACAUUUUUAUAUUUCGUUUUGUACACGAAAUAAUGGUUUCAUAUGAUGCCAAAGACAUGGAAUUUAUGCUCUUAAAAUUUCUUCCUAUUUUUGGGAAGUGUUACUUGUACUUAAUAAAACUGCACAUAGUAUUUUCAUGAAUUUACAAAUUUUGUUCUGUUUUCUUUUUUUUUUUUUAACUUUAUUGUUUAAU